CCAUUACGCAUUGCGCCGAUUUUACAAUACGUAUAUAAUAUUAUAUAUAUACCCACCCCCCACCUCCCACUCUUGCUCUUGCUCUUUAAACCCCAACAGGGCUAUGACAUAACAAGAAAGAAGAAAAAUCCAUCCACCCUCCACAAAAACAACCCACAAAACAACCGUCGUAAUGGAAACACCAGUAGACACGGGCACAGGCCUGGACGAGAACGAGAACAACCUCACGUGCCCAAGCCCGGCACCGGGCUGGUACGAACUCCUAAUCUUCAAACGUCUCCCACAACACCACCACUCCCAACAACCGCACCCCCCGCCACCACCACCACACUCCUACCGCUCCAUCAACAACAACACCCCGCGCUGGACACACCUCCAAGUGACCACGCUCCCAAUAAGUAACCAUGCCUAUAGCCGCGACUUCAAGAACCUGGAUACGCCAAAGGGCUUGCUCGCGCUAAAGUCGUUACCGGCCGAAGCGUUGGCCCAGCUGGAGAGGGUGCUGCGAGAGAAGAAUUAUCUGCUCAGGCGGGCGGGAUGGGCGUGGGUUGUGGAUUGGGUGGACGUGGAGAAGGAGGUUGGGAGUAAUGGUGGCUACGGCUUUGCCGGUGGGGGCGGGGAGUUUUGUCUGAGGGUGAGGAGGGUGAGGGUUCAUGAUAUGGGGGACGAGUGGGAGGAGGAUGCGGGCAGGUGGGCCGAUGUCAGGGGAAUUGAGGAGAGGGGGAGUGCUAUGCUCUGUAAUUGAUUGAUUGAUCGUUCCGGAAGGGGGGAUGGCGUUCUGAUUCGGGAGUUUUUUUUUUUCCUGUUAAUAUUUCACUCUUCCAAAUUGAGGUGUUGAUGAAAUAUGGGCUGUCCCUUU